AUGGUCCCAGCAAGCCCAAUUACAGUAAGGAGCACAGGUAACAAAAGAAGGACAGUACAAACUGCAACUACGCCAAAAUGCCGUAAAAAGCUCCACUCGGAGGGGACACAGACUGGAUCAAAACAGGCACGGGAGAAGAAAAGAGGAGAAACUUCGAGGCCUGUGACAUCAGGAGCUCAAUCCCACUCAUCGGACAAUGUACCACUAAGUCGAAUGAUCCCCAAGGUACCUAGGAGGAGAUCGGAUUUUCAGGAUCCGGCCGCACCCCCGCACCCGCUCCUUAGCGAUAGGAAGCUGGAACUGUCAGGGGUUGGGGAAUCCCCGGACAGUUCGACGUCUCAAGGAAAUCUCAAGGAAGUUCCGACCGAUAUCAUAUUCCUAAUAGAGACUAAAAAUCCCAAUGACUUCGUACUCCGCAAGUGCGAUCAACUAGGAUACGAAGAACAUCACCUUGUUCCUCCAACUGGGCAUGGAGCUGGGGGAUUGGCUUUGCUUUGGAGACAAGAAGUGAAACUGACCGUGUUGUACUCUAAUGCACAUGUAAUCGAGACAAUGAUUGAAUUUGAAGCAAAAAAUUUCUACUCGAGUUUUGUGUAUGGCAGCACGGAUAGGCACCAAAGAAAUUUACUCUGGCAACAAUUACUCAUAUCUACAGAAGCUAGAGAUGCUCCUUGGUUCUUAACUGGAGAUCUAAACGAUCUGCUCAACAGUGAUGAAAAGGUGGGAGGUCCGGAUAGACCGGAGGGCUCUUUCUCCGACCUCCGCACUUUCUUCUCAGAGGGGGACCUGUACGACCUUCACCACUCUGGAGAUCCAUUAUCAUGGAGAGGGAAAAGAGGAACCCACUUAGUGAGAUGUAGACUUGAUAGGGUAGUUGCUAAUAGCUCAUGGGCAGAAAAUUACCCGACAGCACGAUGUCAGUAUCUAGAGUACGAAGGGUCUGACCACAAGCCAUUGAUGUCGUUCCUGGACCCAAUGAUCAUGAAACGGAGAAGCUUAUUUAGAUACGACCGAAGGCUCAACGAAAAUGAGGAGGCAAAAAAGCUUAUUCGGGAAACUUGGGCUGCUGCGCCAGAAUCUCUGGUACUGGAGAAGCUAGCAACGACAAGACGGACGAUCUCAGAAUGGAAUAGGCUUCAGCAACAUAACAGCGGGACUCUAAUAGAUCAAUUGAAGCAUCAACUAGAAGAAGCCCUUACUAGCCCUAUGGAUGAUACCGUUUUGAUCAAAGGGAUCAAUGACAAACUUGGCGAAGCGUACCUGGCGGAAGAAGCGUUUUGGAAGCAGCUGAGUCGGCUUCUCUGGCUCCAACUUGGAGAUAGAAACACAGGUUUCUUUCACGCCACAACAAAGAACAGGAAGAGGGCGAAUGCUUUCACCGUAAUGGAGGACACAGACGGCAGACUGGUCUACAAAGAAGCAGAAAUAGCAACGACUGUUGUGGAAUACUUUAAAAAUCUGUACACCUCGGUGGAAGGAACCAGAUGCGACACAGUCCAAUAUGCGCUUGACCAAGUCAUUACUCAGGAAGACAAUGAAACUUUGAUUCAAAUACCCUCGGAGAGUGAAAUAAAAGCGGCUGUGUUUGCAGUAAAAGGGGAGAAACCACCCGGCCCAGACGGGUUUUCCGCGAGCUUCUACCACACUCACUAG